AGCGUUGUCACGUGACUGCUUAGUUUACACUCACCCUCCACAUGACAAGUUGAGGCGAAUGUGACAGAAGCUGGACGAUGGGGAGUUUGCAGAAAGCCGUGGCCAGCGAAGGAUACCCUCCUUUCAAGCUUAACAGCCCGAAAUAUGACCAGGGCACUUUUCUUGGUCGACUGCGACACUUCGUAGAUGUGAUCGAUCCGCUCACGCUGUUCACGACAGAGGCAAAGCUGCAGGCAUCUACUAAGCUACUAGUUGACUUCAAACAUGGCCGCCUUGAAUCCUCAACUACAGACAAGCAACUCUGGGAUGCACAGAAAAUCAAGCAGUCCAUGAUCCACCCUGACACAGGAGAGAAGAUCUUCAUGCCGUUCCGUAUGUCAGGAUUUGUCCCAUUUGGUGCUCCUAUCGUUGUGGGCCUUCUACUGCCCAACCCAAGCAUGUUCCAAACAGUGUUCUGGCAAUGGAUUAACCAGAGUCACAACGCUUGUGUCAACUACUCCAACCGGAAUGCCACCAAGGAAACCCCUACAUCCAGGUUCUUAAUGGGCUACUUUGGUGCUGUCACAAGUGCUGUCUCCAUUGCUGUAGGUCUCAAUUUGUUGAUCAAGAAAGCACAGAAUUUCAGUCCAGCCACCAAAACAAUCAUAAAGAAGUUUAUUCCCUUCCCAGCUGUAGCCACAGCCAGCACCUGCAAUGUUCUCCUCAUGAGGAACUUUGAGCUGUCGGAAGGUAUUGUGGUGUUCGACCAGAAUGAGAAGAUGGUUGGAACAUCCAAGGUUGCUGCCAAAAAAGCUCUGAAGGAGACAGCCUUGACCCGGAUGUUCCUGCCAGCUCCAAUUCUCAUCAUCCCUCCAAUCAUCAUGUCUGCCUUAGAAAAAACCAAAUUCCUGAAGAAGUAUCCCAGAAUGCACUUGCCCUGUAAUGCAGUUGUGUGCACAGCAGCAUUUGGUCUCGCUCUCCCUGUGGCCAUUGCCCUCUUCCCACAGAUGUCUCAGGUGAACACAUCAGAUCUGGAACCGGAGUUGAAGGGUCUGACUGAUGAGUCCGUUCUCUACUACAACAAGGGGCUGUAACAGGUUGUAACAUGGAGAAGAUGCUGUGAAGAAUACACAGACGAUCAGGAGAAAAUGGAGAUAUUUUCAGUGUUGUGAAACAAUAUUGAACAGUUAUUAUUUAGAAGGGAAGACGAGAUGUUUCGAUAAACUGCUUUUUAUGGCACUGUGCAAUGUCAGUGAAUACUAAUGUAGGGUUUUUCAUGCCGGACAAGUGUGCGUCCAGUAUGCACAAAUAUAGAAUGGACGCAGAAAAUAAUCAUACUGAAUCCCGAGGGAUGCACAAUAACACUCAUCGUACCUACACCUCAUCAAGAGCAGUUAUGGGUAUCUGUUAUUUCAGCCAUCAAUCAUGACCUCUGUCCACAUGAUCGUUGAUUCAUUCCAGGCUCUAAAGUAAUUAUUUAAACGUACAGCACACUACACCAUAUAGUUACUUUACAGGACCCUCAUAUUGCCUGCAAGGACCCUUAAUAUUAAUUAUUGGGGGUCGCCUGGACCCCUACUUUUGUAAGUCAAGGUAAAACUGUGGUGGUGCUCAAUGGAACGUAAUCUGGUCAUGUCUUCAUCACAUGGCGUUUGUCUUGAAGCGAACCCAUGUAUUCAGACACACAUCACUACAGCCAUGUUCACUCUCUCAAAUCUGGAAUUUGUUCUGGUAAAUAAACUGCUUAAUGAAUAUUGUAGGAUAUAAUAGAUAUAUAGAGGAUAUUCCAUCUCUCGUGUGAAUAUGAGAUGUUUCUCUCAUCGAGUGACGGGGGAAGGAGAUAUUUUCACAAGUGACAUAGGCAUGAGUAAAAAUAUCACCUUUUAAAAUUUACAGUUCAUGACUAAACAUUUUCAAAAGAAUAACAAACGGCAAGAAGCAAUAUUGACACCAUAAAUGACCAUCUGUCAUUUUUUAGCCUUGCAAAUGUGGACCUAACAAAAAUAAGAAGUGAACAGUUUAUGUAUGGGCUAGACACUUAUGAUAAAGGGAGAUAAUUGGCGGGGAGGUAACUCUUUUAAGACAAUCGUUCCUUCAAAGUGUUAUGUUCACUGCAGUGAAAUAUCAAGUGAUAUUAUAUUUGAAAAUAUAUCUAAAUAUUCUAACAUGAAUUUGUAGAUUUCUCCAUUCUGAUUGGUCCGUCAGUGGGUAUCAAAUCACAAUAAGCCCCCUCUGACUGUAACAGCUGAUUUGAUGGCCACAUCAUUGCGGAGGCUUGUAUUUAUAGAAUAGUAUUUUUUCAGUCAUUGUCGCAAGGCAGUUUGUAAUAAUUAUACAUGUAUGUGCAAUUAAAGGUUACAAAAUGCAUAGUUGCAGUUACUACAAUAUUAAAAGGAUGUGUGGCAAUACAUUUUGUGCAGAAAACAUGAUAGAAUUCUGCAAAGAGAAUGUAUUUCAAGUUUCCAUUACAACAGUGCUGAAAAUUUGGUGACUAAUCAUCAUGAUCAUAUACACUGUGAUGUCAUCUCUUUUGCAUGACAAUGCGCAACAAGUCAUAAUAAUGACAUGCAGUUUAGAAUGAAGCCUCUUGAGCAUGCAGAGCACCAUAUUUUGUUUAAAGGCUGUUAUCAGUGAUUCCAUAAUUCAGCUCGACAACCCAUAAAACACUGGACUCAGCCCAUGCCGCUUCACUCAAUAUAUUUGCUAACACCAAAGAGUUUGUGUUUUGUUUAGUCAUGGUAGAAUGGAGAUAAACAUACUGUGUUUUCAAUGUAGAGAUAGGCUACCUGUAGAUUUAACCAAGCUAAAUUUAACAUUCAUGAAAUAUAUCGUAUUCGUUGUAAUAAGCGGCCCGAUCUAAUAAGCGCCAACGGCGAUAUUUGCUAAUAUAUUGGCUAGUGAACAAUCCCAAUUAGCACCCCUUCCGAUGGAUCAAUGUACUCAAGAGUUAUUUAUUCGUAUAUAAUACGUUCUGGUGUGUUAUAUGCAUCCUUAAUUAUGGGCAAUUAAAUUCUGGAAAAUAUUUCUGUCGUGUAUAAUACGCACUGACUUUUCUUAUGUAUCAUUUCAGGCUGUAAGCAUAAACCACGAAAUUUACGAUCUUUCAACUCUGUUUUUUUUCUCACCCAAAUUAUAUUCUAAUAAGACCCCCCUAUUUCUAAUUUUGAGAGCGCUCUGGGUGCUGAUUACGUCGAAUACGGUAAACCAGCAAAUUCACAUCUAUGUAUAUGCAUUUACAUAGAAGGGAAGUAAAUAUGUGGUGUAGCCUUGAAACAGUAUACAUAUUAGAUCUGGAACUACAGGCAGCUUAUGUUUACUGAAUCUUGGUUAUGUGUGUAUAUUGUCAGUGUCAUUGCUGUAGCUGGACGAUCUGUUGUGAACAUUCCCCCUCAGAAUAUAGUCAAUAACUUUACAACAUUUACGGUAUUGUUAAAUCAGGUAUUUUUAUACACCAACGUUUCUCUCUUUGAGAAAAGUGCCUUAGAUCUAUUUGAAACAAAAUGGGUUUUUUUCUGUUAGUAUUUUUUAAGUUUUAUCUAAAUGUACUUUUAUAUAUAUAUAUAUAAUUUAAUGCAUAACUUGUUCAAGUCACGAUAUGGCUGAAAUAUUGCUGAUGUGACUUUAAAUAUUAACUCACUCACUCUAAAUGUACAUUGAUGAUGAUCUUAUGUAUAUAUAUAUAUACAGGCUUAAGAUUGUUUAUGCAGGCCAUGUGUUUUUUAUAGUGUAUAUGUAGGUAUGAAGACAUUCACUGCCCCGUGUAUUCUGUCUCCCAGACCCUUGAAUCCAACUCAAGUCUAGGAUGAUUUGGCAAGUCUAGAUAGCCUCAGCUCUCAGCCCAGAAAUUAAGCAUUGUUCUGGGCUCCUUUUGGAUUUGAUUUGAUGUAUUUUAGAUAAAUAUAUUUAUAACUUUAUUUCUGGGACUAAAUUUUAGUCUAUGUCCUGAACAGAGUCGCUUGAUUCAGAUGACAUGUGUAAUCAGUAUGCCAGGCAAGGCAAUCAGAAUAUUCAUCUAAAUCAAAGUCUGAAAAGGAUGUCCACUGGUGCUUAUUUUCUAAUAUUUUAGGUAAUGAGAAUCAGCCUCAUGAUGCAUAUAGUUGUGGUUAUAAUCAGCUAACUUGUUUCAAGUCCUACUCAGGGUUUGCACAAGUUUCCACAAAUUGUGCUAAAGACUAUAUAAAUAUUGUACACAAUAUUGUCAGCCAUAUUUAGAUAUGCAGAUCGUGUUGCAGAAGUAUGCACAUAUUCGAUACAAGUUGGCCUCUAGUUGUAUAUGUUACAGUCAAUGUGUAACAUUUUCACUUGGGCAAUUAGAAAAUGCCAAAAUAUUUCAGUUAUUUUGCAAUUAUUUUUCCAUUUAUUUUAUGAUAACAAACAUUUAUUUUGUUUUCUCUUUCAUCACCCAGUGACUGAAAAUGAUAGGAAUAACAGGAAAUGAAAGUCAGUGUAUAUAUAUAUAUAUUUUUUUUUUGGCUUCUAAUCCUAGCAUAAGUGGAAUAUUGUGAUUUUUUAAAGCCCUUUUGAACUUCUUAUUAACGUUUAGUCAGUCUGAUGGAAAACUAAUUGUACAAUUGUGUUUUGUAAAUUGCCUCAGUGAAAAUUUCAGUCGUUGUAACAUAUAAAAGUUCUGUUCAAGGUAGCCACUAGUCCCAUUUACAACGAAUUAUACAUGUGUACAUUUGUUGAUUUUCUAUUAAACUGCUUGAUGAGUGAACUGGUUAUUAGGCAUGAUAAAAAUCAAA